CCGGUAGACUUGCCCUACCUGGCACGAACUGCUAGGACACAUUUCGAUCUCGCCAGGGCGUGGAAGGAGGUCCUGUCUAGUAGCUCACCGUGAAAACACGACGGCGAGUAUAAGGUCUGUCCCUGAUCUGUCGUCAGCGGAGAAUUAACCGUGUUUUGGCGGCGAGUUGCCGAGUGAGGAAUUUCUGCAAACACGUGUGCUUCGGGAGGAGGGAUCGAGGCAGGGGGACUGCCUUUUGCUGGGGAGAAUCCCAGGUGUGUCACCAGGUGUGUCACCUUACGACGGAGCGUCUAGGAAAUGAAUGUGUGUGCGUGUGUGUGAGGGAGCGUGUGUGUGUAUCACACUGGAGUGAAGAGUGUGUGUGAGAGAGAGAGGCAGGUGCAGGAGUUACCCAACUACAUCAAAACUACAAACGUCUCCGCGACGCAGCCGCGUGUGACUGCUCCUGGAUUUACUGUUGUCUAGGACACCACGUCGUCGUUGUUGAGGACUUCCCAGAGCUUUCUUGAAGUUUCUCAGGGCCAACGCGAACCAAAUAGAGGCUGCCUCACUCGAACGGAUGCACGGCGACUGUAGUCACAAGACAAUCGAAAGCGCCACGUGACUUCGAUUUCUGAUUGUGACCUCGAGCUCACCAGAGACCAGAAGGCUAAAGGCUCCUUAUCCUUUCCUCCUCCCUCUCCCAUCUCUACAUUUCAUCGUCGACCUGAUUAAAAAAGGACGGGGCGGCAGAGCACGUCUCUUGUACCUGCCUCCAUCUGGUGACCUGCGCUUAUUCCCUAUAUUAUCCUUUUGACCUUUGCCGUCAGCACCGACUCCUAAAUUUCUCUAUUACAUUUGCUCAACCCUCUCCGUAUCUAAUUACCGAUCUGAUAACAAACAAACAACGGUGGUAAAAAUAUCGUUUCGACUCACAUGCUGUGAUGUCGUGUACUUGACUUUCUGACUCCCCCCACCCCACCUCGACUCCUCCCCUCUGUUGUCCUCCCACCCUUUUUUUUCUUUUUGAAAACUUCACAUCGUCACCAGUUGUUGACCAUGUCCGCGGUGGAAGAGCUGACGGUAGUGCUGGAGCACGACAUCGACGAGCAGUACCAGUACCAGCCCGGGGAGCUGCUGCGCGGCAGAAUCGUCGUCAAGACGGUGCGGCCCACGGCGCUGCGCAGCAUCACCAUCCGCGUGGUGGGCGAAGGCACCGUCAGCUGGAAGGACGUCGGGGACGCCAGCAUCUGCCAAGCGCAAGAGACCUACAUCGACGCCUCCAAGAUGGUCCUGGACACCCGCCAGACCCAGCCCCUGACCCUUGACCCCGGCCUGCACCAGUUCCCCUUCGAGUACCAGGUCCCGGAGAACCUGCCCUCCUCUUACAUCGGCAAGUACGGCAAUGUCACCUACACCAUCCGGGCCACCGUGGCCGGGGUCAAAGCCGCAGACGCGGCCAUCACCAGCGAACCGUUCCUGGUCUUGCGCCGCUGGCCGCUGCCGCCAUCAGUGGAGGAGCCGCGCGUGCUGGAGCAGGAGAAGCGCGUGUGGGGCGCGUGCACGUUCGGGAAGAUCUCGGCGCGCCUGACGUUGGAAAAGCAGGGUGGUGUGCCGGCCGAGGACGUCUUCAUGCACGCGGAGAUCAAGAACCGCAGCGGCCGCACCAUCACAGCCAUGCAGGCCUCGCUCAUCAUGGUCUCCGUUUACCAUGCGCGCAACCAGACGACCAGCUUCCGACAGGUGGUCAGCAAGAAGCGAGAUGAGUUUGAUGUGGAGUACAAUCAAGGACGGAGGUGGAACUACGUGCGUCUUCCCCUGCCUCCUUACAUCCCAGAGUCACACCUGGACUAUUGUGACAUCAUUGAGAUUGACUACAUCUUUCAGUUCCGCGUGGAGGUGUCUGGCGGCAGUGAGCUGAAAAUGGAAUGCCCCUUCCUAAUUGGAGCCCACCCACAGGGCCCAGAGGUGCCAAAGGUCAGCCAUGCGGUCAACAGCCAGUGGACAAUACGUGCGUCAGGGCUGCCGAUGCUGCCAGGAAACAAUGAGCUACAGCAGCAGCAGCAGCAUGCGGACCCCCAUCAGGACUGGGGCUUGGUCUCCGGAGUGCCAGAAAUGCGAGGGGAGAAAGUGGUGGUUAAUAAUCCUCUCUUCCGCCAAGGGUCAAUUAUGACUAAAGGGGUCAAGGUUGUGCCUGAUGAGCUGAUGGAAAACACGCGAUUGUGAUACUGCUGUAAGCCUUGGUGAAAUGGGGAAGGAGACUAAUGUAACAAAAUGAUCCUGCCCUUCAUGUGUUCACAGGAGAAUACAGCAGUUCCCACAUGUUGGUUACUAGGAAAUGAGAACAAAAACAAGGAGGUAAACAGCCUGGAAACCUAGUUUAUCUGGUUGAAAAUGGUAUGUGUCCUCUCGUAUCGUAUUUGUUUCUCAAGCAAACUUUGGAACAUGAGCGUGAGUAAUGGCUGAAUGAGUGAGAUGAAUUGACAAAGUAAAGAAUACUAAACUCUGAGUCCAGGAGAAAGCCUUGCUGUUUGAAUCAAGCAUAGUUACUUUGUUUUAAGGGAAUGUUUUCUAUGACAGCAUACUAACAAAAUAAUAAGAUUACAACAAAAUAACAAAAGUUCUUCAGUGAUGCUUUCACUUUUGCCUGUGUGUGUGUGUGCAUGCACAUCUCGUGUAGCAUUGCUCAUGAACUUAAGAAUGUGUGCACAUGAACUUCUAUGUUAUAGUAUUGAGCACAUUCAAGCCACAUCGGCAUAAAGUGUGUAGCAGGAAUUAAAAUCAGUUGUUCAAAGGUGUUCGCCCUUUUCUUAUGGAGAUUAAAUUUGUGAUAGACUGCCCA